UCAUGUAAACAUGCACAUAUACACAUAACUGAACUCACCUUAAACUUCUUCCCACUCAGAGGACAGAGCCACUUAUCUUUACUGAGCUCCUGAGUGUUGGCUGAAAGGAACUUCUCCACCUACACACAAACACACACAAUCAAGUCACAUGCUGAUACAUAACAUAAUGUUGGUGGGCGUGCAUCUCACCUCCUGUUCUGGGUCUUUCUUGCCCAGACGUGCUGCAUCUUCUGUAGCCAGAACUUCUGACGGACUCAGCAGAGGAGCCAGACGCUCCUCGCACAUCUUUUGAUGUUCACUCACUGACCAAACAAAGCACACCUGCUCAACCAUACAAGUAGGUUUGUGUGUGUGUGUGUGCAUACGCGUACCCUCCGUUGAAGUGAUCUUGGCCACAGGUAGGGGUCCACGCACAUGGAAAAGUCCACAGCGAUGAGGCAUCUCGUCCUCAGCAGGGUACUCACAGAAGUUGUAGUAGUCGACAGAGUGGACCAGACGCAAGUAGACCAAGAGUCUGUCCAGGACCUGCACAUGUACACUUUCAUUGAAAGGAAACGCACAAACAAGAGUGACGGAGCUCCUCCCACCUCAAGCAAUUUCUCAUCUGUCUCCACGGUGACUUCAGAGGAGGAGUCUUUGGCAUCGGUUGCUUCGCCGCUGUCGCAACCAGUUAGCUCCUCCUCCUCAGCACUGACCUCCUCAAUGAGGUAGUCAGUGAUGUUGUUGAGGACGGGGUUGGUCUCCAUCUGCUGUUGCAUGUUGACAUGUAGCAUCGAAACCAAACAGCAAAUACAAAAGACCAAACAGGAAGUCACACCUGUCCCUGCCACAGCUCGCCCUUCUGGUCCAGUGCAUGCACGAGUCUGGCUGCUAGACGGAUGUCGUUUCUCACCACAGGUUUAUGGUGCGUCAGCCCAUUAACGCUGCGAACACGCCGACACAAAUCUCUGUUGACCACGGGAGAGAGCUCGCAGUCUCGUAGCUGCAGGGGUGGGAAGACACGGCAUCAGAGCAUCGCCAGCGUCACCGCCAAUCGUGUGCCAGUGUGAUGUGUGAUGAUGAAUGUACUCUGAUGUUCUGCAAGUUCCAGCAGGUCUCUUUAAUGUUGAUGCUGCGGUCAAAGGUCACCCAACAGCGACGGAAGAACCUGACACACACAGACCUUUAACUUGGGAGUGGUCAGAAGGCUUUGAUGUGACACACUCACCUCCUCUCUGGUUGAGGGUCCGACAGCGCCACCCGCAGGAAGCCCGGGUACCUGAGACACAACUACAAACAGAGAUGACAUCUGGUGGGAUGCUCCUUAUGAAGAGCGAGGUGGUGAGGUGGAGUGGCCGAGGCCUCGCCGGUAACUCUGGAACAAAUCACAUUACAGCGGUCAUGACAUCACUGGAGUGUCUUACAUGGCUUACCUUGUUCCUCGUCGUCGUCGUCCUUCUCUCCAUCAGAGUGGGAGGAGUCAGAGGCGGACCCCUCGCCGCUGUCAGCUGACAUGCUGCGCUUCCUUUUCCUGCCCUGCAGGAAGUAAGCGGGUUGAAUAUCGGCAUCCUUAAUAGACGAGCAAUUGCUCGACAGAAGCAACUGACUUUCUUGGCUUCCUUCUCUUCUUUCUCCGACGCCUCCUCUUCCUCAUCUUGGCUCGGUUCCUUCUCGCCGUUCUGCUUGGCGUCUUCGUCCAUGCUCUAAGAUGCAAUUUAGCGCUCAGUGUCAGCUGCGCGCUUUGCUUGUGUUGUUCUUACCUUGUGGCUUUGAGCCCCGCCUACUUCGUUGGUGGCCGACUCCUGGGACGACUCGCCACCGGUCACUGGCACCUCGAGAACUUUCAGGUCCAAGUCUGUGCCCCCCUCCAUCUUUAUGACAGCUGUAGAUGAGAGCACAACGUGAGGACUGGCUCACACUUCCUGUCUGCUCACCCUCGCUUACCUGCAUCCAGCACUUUGAUUAUGGCAGGAGCGUGCUCCAUGUCCAGCGACACACUGUCCAGCCACUUAUUGUCUGACAGAAAGAGGAACACGCCCAGACGCAGUUUCAGGGCGGCCAGAGACUCUGCCUUGCUGGUCCUGAUGUCAUCAGGGUGGUACUUGGAUCGGAACCACUCUUGGUCUUUGUGCUGGAUAAAGAAGUCUUGCAGCUGCUGCCGCCGGAAGUCCACUUUGUACUGAUUGUAGCGCUUGACUGCCUCAGUUUCAUCAACGCUGUCCUCCAUGUUCAGCAAGAAGUCCUGCAGUGACAUGCGUGUGGCCAGUCACAUGUCUGGUCACAUGACAUUAAAGGACAUUUGACUCACCUUGAAGCUCCUCAUAGUGGGGGGGCCUGGGGGCGGGAGGUCAGGAUCCACCAUUGCUAACCUAAGGGACAUUUUAGUCCAUGAAAAUAUCUGUCACCUGCAUAUACACAUGCUAACAAGCGCUAAAUAAGACCCAUUACUAUCAACAGUAAAUUUUAAGAUUUUUAAACCAUUUUCUGCCACAGUGACAUAGCAGUGGCACAACACAGCGGCGGGAGUCCAGCUCCCGUGCAACCCACCACCACAGCUUCAAAAAUUCCUUGGGGGAAACCUUGACACGCACCUGCCCUGCAAUACGUGACCUCCGUGAUGUGGGUGAAGGUGAGGAAGGUCCGGUGGCCAGCCCUGAGGCCCCACCCCCGGAAACAGCGCCCCACCUCCUCCAUAGGGUCGCUCGAAACGUGGUCCCAAGCCGUCCAAUGGAACGAGCCGACCGUAGACUGGUGAAGAACCAACCAUAUGACGAGAGCGUGGAAGUGAGCGACUCUGCAGAGGACGUGAGUAUCUACGGGCGCAGCCAGGCUGAGCAUGGGAGGAACAGGAGGGUGCGUGGCCUGAUGUCGGCCAACAGCAGCAGUGAUGAGUGUGAUGAGGAGCAACAGCCUCAGAGGGUUAAAGGACCGAUCAGCAGGCAGGGUGGGGUCAGCCCCAAUGAGGAAGACGAAGAGUCCGAAGAGGACUCUGAGUCGGACUCGGAUGAUGAUGACGAUGAUGUAACGGCCGAGGCUCCUGAGGGUGCGUACGACCCGGCCGACUACGCCAACCUGCCUGUCAGCACUGAGAUCAAAGAGUUGUUCCAGUACAUCGUACGGUACACUCCUCAAUCUGUGGAGCUGGAGCAUAGCCUGAGACCGUUCAUCCCAGACUUCAUCCCGGCUGUGGGCGACAUCGACGCCUUCCUGAAGGUGCCGAGGCCGGAUGCCAAACCAGACGGGUUAGGCAUGCUGGUUCUGGAUGAGCCCAGCGUCAAGCAGUCGGACCCCACGGUUCUGUCGUUGUGGUUGUCCGAGGAGACCAAGCAGCACGGAAACACAAAGGUGAAAGUGACGAGUGUGGCCAGUCCUCACUCCAACCCGCGGGCCGUUGACAGCUGGGUGGACAGCAUCGGAGCCCUGCACCGCUCAAAGGCGGCAGCCAGCGUUCAAUAUGCACGCGCCAUGCCCGACAUCGACACCCUCAUGCAGGAGUGGCCGCCGGAUGUGGAGGAGACACUGGCUGGCGUGCACCUGCCCCACGCUGGCCUCCAUUGCAGCCUGCCGCAGUACUGCGACAUCGUGUGUGCCCUGCUGGACAUUCCCGUGUACAGCAACCGUAUCCAAGCGCUACACUUGCUUUUCAGCCUCUUCCUGGAGUUCCGAGACUCGCAGCACUUUGCACGCACCUGACACCCUCCACGCCAUCUCCGUUUCAAGAACAUCAACUUUUCACUCCCUUAACGGCUUUACCAACUUUUUUUUAGAGAGCUCAAUAAAACCUUUCGAAGUUGA